CUACCCAAAGCGGUCAAGAUCCGCGUUAGCCGGGUUUCAAGAGGAAGAGAACGCUCGGCGCUCUUCGAGUAAUCCGCGCCGCAGUGGAGGUGGCAUUGCCCCGUGAAGUCGCAUCGCGGCACACUUCUCUCCGGUGACAGCGUAGCAGUGGCCAACUGGAUACGGCGGGUCUCCGCGAUGGCAAACGACGCGAAAGAACAGGCCGCACUCGAACAGCUGAAAGAGGCCUUGAAGGAUGUGUGGCAAGAACAGUUUACCGACGCAUACCUGAUGCGAUGGCUUCGAGCACGAGACCUCGACGUGGCCAAGGCCGAUGACCUUCUGCGCAAAAACCUGCAAUGGAGGGAGAAGAACAAGGUCGACACCUUGGUCGAGCGGUACGAAUGCCAUCCAAUCGUUAAGCAGUACUUUCCUGGCGGAAUCUUCAACCAUGAUCGGGACGGCAGUCCAAUCUACAUCAUUCCAAUAGGCAGCGGCGACUUCAAAGGCAUGCUACAGUGCCUGUCCAAGGAGGAGUUGGUCAUACACGUAGUCUACAUGUUGGAGCGGUUGCAACGCGAGAGGGAGAGCCAGAGUCGCAAGCUGGGGAAACUCAUCGACAAAUCCGUGUUCUUCUUCGACUGGGAGAACUUCAGCCUCAGGCAGGUCUACUCAUGGCAAGUGGUGGACUACAUUCGAGCGCUGGUUGGCCUCUACGAAAACAACUAUCCGGAGACACUUAAGCUUGGCCUCCUCGUGAACACGCCGAGUUUUUUCCCGGUGUUCUGGAAACUUAUCCGGCCAUUCCUGAGCGAGAGAACGGCCGGGAAAAUUAAGAUCUUCUCGAAAGAUGGUUGGCUGCCGACUCUGCUGGAGUACGUCGACCCCAGUCAGCUGCCAGCGCAGUGGGGAGGCACCAUUGUGCACCCGGAGGGAGGAGCACGCUGCACCCACAUUAUUGGCCCCGGAGGUGACCUUCCAGACGCCGUAAGCCGCGGCGGAGGUGCCCUGGCUGUCGACCCCGAGGCGGUCAGCUGCUUUCUGGAGCGUGGAAGGUCCAUGGAGGUUCCAGUCCAGGUCGAAGUGCCAGGCGCCAAGCUUCACUGGAGGUUGCAGGCGAAGGACGUAGGCUUCGCCCUCUGGAGGGUGAGCGGUGAAGACCGCGUUCAGGUGCUCGCACCACGAAGGAUCGCCUGCGAUAAGGAUCCCGAAUACGGGCAGAUGCACUGCGAGCACCCUGGAACAUACACGUUCACGUUCGACAACAGUUUCAGCUGGUUCAACGGAAAGCAGCUCUCCUACGUAAUUCGGGUGCACCACGAGUCUAUAGCCAGUCCUGACGACGUCACCAGGUGCUGAAAAGAGAUUCGCCUGCCCUUGAGGUCGGGCCUUGUACAGCACUUUUGGGCCACACGUGCUCACCAACAAUCUUUUGGUAUCACUAUUAUUACAGGUGUAUUUUUUUCUUUUGCUUCACAUUGAAAUAAAUGUUAAGUAUGUUGUUGGAACCAUGA